UGCAGCUUCAGAAGCAGCUCAGGCAUCCUGCUCUGAGUUGCCUUGGCCUCUUUCACUCCAUCCCAGAGAGAAGCAACAUUUGGUUUUUGUGGUCCACACUUUCCUUCCUUUUCUGGUCAGAAGGAUCCUGCAGUUAGUCAAGGAAUAGCUUCUGCUAGCCAGCUCAUCUUGCGAUCAGGAGGAAAGGAGUCACCCUGUUUGAAAAAAAAAAUGAUCCUCUGGAUGUUAGCCUUUCUAAUCAUAUUCUGCUUAUUAUGGAAUUGCAAAGGACUUCUAAGGAUUGCUGAUAUCAAUGAUAAGUACAUCUUCAUCACUGGGUGUGACACAGGCUUUGGAAACUUGGCAGCAAAAACUUUUGAUAAAAAAGGUUUUCGUGUUCUUGCUGCUUGUCUGACGGAGUCGGGAUCCAGAACUCUAAAGGCAGCAACUUCUGGAAGGCUUCAAACUGUGCUUUUGGAUGUGACAGACCCAGAAAACGUUAAAAGGACAGCCAAGUGGGUGAAAGAUGAAGUUGGAGAAAAAGGUCUUUGGGGACUGAUCAAUAAUGCUGGCAUUCUUGGGGUUCUGGCUCCCACUGACUGGCUGACAGUAGAGCACUUCAGGGAGCCCUUUGAAGUAAAUCUGUUUGGUCUCGUUAAUGUAACUUUGAACAUGCUGCCUUUGGUCAAGAAAGCCCAUGGAAGGAUAAUCAAUGUCUCCAGCAUAGGUGGUCGGCUUGCAAUUUCUGGAGGUGGCUAUACUCCAUCCAAGUAUGCAUUGGAAGGGUUCAACGAUAGCUUAAGGAGGGACAUGAAAGAAUUUGGUGUAAAAGUGUCAUGUAUCGAACCUGGAUUGUUUAAAACAGGGCUAUCAGAUCCAGUAAAAGCCACUGAAAAGAAAAUUGAAGUUUGGAACCAACUUUCAUCAGACAUCAAACAACAAUAUGGAGAUGGAUACAUUGAAAAAAGUCUGGCUAAAAGAAGAAAACAUAAGAUUUUUCAGAACAUAGACCUGUCACUGGUGGUAAAGUGUAUGGACCAUGCCUUAACAAGCCUCUUUCCUCAAACUCAUUAUAUUGCUGGUGUAGAUGCCAAGACUUUUUGGAUUCCUCUGUCACACAUGCCAGCAGUUUUGCAAGAUUUUCUGUUGCAGAAGAAUAAAGUAAAACUGGCUGAUCCAAAAGCGGUGUGAUUCAGGUAAGCUGAAUUGCUCAAUUCCCGUGCAAUGAAGUUGAUAGAUUUAAAAGACUAAUCAAGAUCUCAGCCUCAUUCCAGAUCUGAUUCAACCUGGAUACAUUUGGAAGCCUGUGCUCUUCAACACAAUCAAAGUGUCCUUAACCAUCAUUGAUGAAGUGAGGUGCCUCUCAAGCUGUUACUAGAAAGAGAGUAAGAGCAAGACAUGGCAAGCAGGAGUAAGUGGAAGGAUGGAUAUAGUGCUGUUACCUGGACAGAAUUGGUCCAAAAUACUAGUACUCUAUGAAUAUUAUCUUCCUCUGACAUGCCACAGUAUUUACCUUACUUAUACUUAAUAUUUAUAUAAGUAUUUACCAUCUUGAGAAUCAUUCUUUUUGAUUAAAGCAUUGUCUAUAAGAAGUCUUAUUAAAAUGUAUACAAUUUAAGUAGUGGGAGAAAUAAUUCAAUAAUAGCAGCCCAGUUCACAAGAAUAAAUUCACCAGAUUAGUUCUUUUUUCAUUUGGUGAGAAUAGACACUUAACAGGGAAACAGGACAGGUAGAUUUUGAUAGUGAGAGGAUAGGAAUAGAACUGAGCAUGGGGUACUUCCUACAGAAGGCAGGUCAAAAUUGAGUUCCGAGGAUGUAGAAUAGCCCUAAGUAGAAAUGGGCAGGAGACAGUAGAAAGGUCUACCCUUUCUCUCCAAAAUACUCCCUUCCACUGACCUUGUGAUAGACCACAGGGAAAGAAGAAAGGGAGAGGAGGAAAACAAAACUGACAGCAUAUGAGGUUGCAAAAUGGAAGAAAGGAGACAUCAAAAAUAAAUUUCAACCAUCUCACAGAGAACUGAAGAGGAGAGGAGAAAAAGGAAGAUAAUAUCAAGGUCCUAUUCUUUCCAGACUACUGAAAAUAUGUUUAUCCCGGGCAAAUUAGAGAGUAUAAUAAUCUUAGUUUCCUUCUAAAAAAGGAACAUCUGGGGAAUUUUUGGCAAUGGACAGAAUGGCAAACUUCAGUUUCUGUGGCAUAUAUCACCUUCAAAGAAGAUACAUAGCUAUUCCAGGGUAUUCCUGAUCUUUCCUUCUGGUGUCCCUUAGUGAACUGGAAAGAACACUAAGAGAGUCAUAAAACCUCUUAUGUUUCAGAAGAAUUUGGACCCUGGUCAUCCUGACUUUAAGGCAAGCUUUUUCUCUAACUAAAGUCCCUCUCCUAAGGUAUAAAAUAAAUCUUAAUCUGGAGUUCCAUGUUAGGUGUCAACCUGAACCUAAACUCAUACCAAAUUCAAUCGACUCUCGUCCACUGCUCCAUCCAUCCGAUCUGCUUAAAUUGCUGCCAGAGGUAUCUAGAGCCACCUUAUACUUCAUGAGGAGAAUGUUGAUAGUUUUAACUCUCUCUGAAUUUAUUUACUGUGAAUUUAUACUCUCAGAAGGUGUUUGAGAAUCAGGAAACUGGGCUGAUCUCUGGACUUAAAUAGAGUAUCUAACAAUGCAAUAAUGAGGCAAGCAUGUCAUGUCAUAUGGUAUGCUCCCAGCCUGAGCCUUUCUGAAACACCCUAAGAGGGCCUCAAAACUCAGGAAGCAAGAAUGUUUGUGGCAGCCCUCUUUGUAGUAGCCAGAAAUUGGAAACUGAGUGGAUGCUCAUCAAUUGGAGAA